AUGGUAUCCUCCAUGUACGGCCUUUCAGCAAACAUCUACGGCCGCGGCGACGCCAAACUCAGCGAUGGCCCCUCCCACAUGGGAAUCGCCAUCUACAAGCACGGCUCCUCCACCUGCGAAAUGCACCAUAUACGCAACCCCACCGACGAAGACUUCAUCUACGAUCCGCGGACACAGCCACUGGAAGACCCGAUUUUGAAAGGUCGCUACGAGUUUGCCUCCCUCUCUUCUGAGCAGAGCCAACAAGCUGCUAGCCUGCUCUCGGAAUUUGGGAACGACGAGUCAAAUAUCCCCGAGUUCGGGGUUGGGAAUUGCCAAGACUGGGUCGCUGGCACUGUUGAAAUGCUUGAGCAUGCUGGUGUUGUUUCUUCUGGGGAAGGGGGAUUCUGGAAGAGAGGGAACGACGUGGAUAGAUGGUCCGGAGUCGACGUAUGA